AUAUAUGUACUUGUCUCCCUCAUCAGAGUAUAAGUUCUUCGAGGGCUGGGCCUGCUUCAGUUUUUAUACUUUAUACUCUAGUGCCUGGGGAUGGAUUAUCCUGGUCCCUUCUCCAGCCCCCCCCAUCAUUAUUCGAACUUAUAUUCCAGAGCCUGGGGAGAUAUACCAUGGUAUCCUGGAAAAAUCAUGGUUUGGUUCUGCCCUUUACUAGCUGUGUGACCUUGAGUAAGUCCCUUUCCUCUCUGGGCUUCAGUUCUCCAGUGCAGGCAUUGGACUAGAUUUCUUAGGCCACUCAAUCUUAGGAAUUUGUUACCAGUUAUCUGUGCUAUGAGAACAAAACUCAGGUUCUAGGCCUGACUUGCCCACUCAUUUGGGUGACCCUGUGGCUUAAAUAGAAUCCGUGUCAUUCUGGGUCCCUGCUACCAAGGAGCUGUGACUACAUCAGGUGGCUAGGACAGCCCCCACCCUGUGCCUGGACCCGGGAAGACCCCUCCCCUUCCCCGCCCCCAGGGGAGGGGCCAUCUCAAAUGCCAUCUAUUUGUAGAGCCCAGUUCCAGGGUGGGUGAGGCAGGGGCUGGCAGGGAGCAUGUGACCAAUGGGCAGGGAAAGUAUUUUUAGGAUGUCAAUGAGAGAGGCUUGUGGGGCGGGGCUCAGCCCAGUGUCCUAGACUGAGCCAACAUCAUGCCCCUCUGGACCCAGCUGCCUAGCACCCCGAGCCUGCUUCAUGCUCCCCAUCAAGCUGUGGGGACCCAGGCUUCUUUCAGAAAGAGGCGAGGGAGGAGGAUGAGAAGGAAGACUCUGCAGAAUCUGAGACCCAGACCAUAGAGGGAAACUAAGGCACAGGGCCUGGGGUCAGGGAAUGUGAGGUUGUAGUUCUGGGCAGAGAACUCGACAUCUCUGCCCUGUUGGCACACAGCUCCCUGCCCCCAGCCUCCACAGGCCGUCACACUGUGUCUCUGUCACCCCAGAAAUGGAAAACUUCGAAUAUAGUAUCCAGCUGAGCGACAAGGACUGGGCAAACUUCUCAGAAGCUGCAGAGGAAUGUGGCCUCCUUCAGGCUGCUCUGGCCUCAGGGGACGAGCCGCUUUCCAGUGACAUUGACCAAGGGGACAGCAGCGGCAGCAGCCCCCCCGGCCCCCCUCCCCCUCGGCUUCUCCGGCUGCAAGCAGGCAGCCCCCCGCCAGAGGGCCUUCUCAAGGCCCUGGGCGGGCGGUGCCUGCCCGGGCACCUGGCCACGGCCCAGGGGGGCUGCUCUGGCAGCGAGGAGGAGGAGGGCACAGAUGCCCGCCUGGUCAGCAGGUUUCGCUGUGAGCGUGUCCUGGCCCCGGAGGCCGGUCAGCAGACUCCGAGCACGUCCACCCAGCUGGAGGGGCAGCUGCCUUCCAGUGUCCUUUGCCCUGCCCAGCUCACUCCUGCCCUGAGUCCCAAGCCUAGUUCCUGUGGCGGCGCAAUGCAGAAGUCCUUGCAAGGGGCAGCUGCCCAGGCCUCUGAGGCUGGAGUGCACUCAGGGAAGGACCCCCCAAGCCAGGGGCCCUCUGGCCAGGAGCAGCCCAGCAGCCUCGGGCCAGCCGAUGGGAAGAGAUCUCCCCGAGACCCUAAUCCUGGAGUCUCCCCUCGAAGUCCAGGAAAGAAGAAGAGGAGGUCAGUAGGGGCCAAGGGAAGCGGAUCCCCCAAAGCUCAGGACUCCAAGAGGCAGGGCCCCCCCAGCCCUUUGCUGGCUCUGCCACCAUCUUCAGGGAGCCGGCCAGACAGGGGCCCCAGCACCAGGGCACACAGCAACUUGGCCCCGGCUGACUGGGAGGGGAAUGGUCCAGGAUCAGAGUCGCCGGCCGGAGGAGCUGGUUUGGGAACCAGAGCCGGCCAUGGGACAGACCCCCAGGACCCAUCCUCCACCCCUGACCUGGGCCCAAAGCCGACUCCCCCUGCCCCUCAAGAACAAUCAUUCUUGGAUCUGUCUUCACCUGUCUCAAAGACUGAGACCCCAGUGAAUGUGUCUACACCUACCUGGAUUCCUGGGGCAGGAGAGAACCUGUCUACACCUGUCUCCUUACCCGAGAAGGCCUCGAACUUGCCUGGAGUAGCCUCUGAGGUUGGGCCAAGUGGUAAUCUGUCUACACCUGUCUCCUUACCUGAGAAGGCUUUGAACUUGCCUGGAGUAGCCUCUGAGAUUGGGCCAAGUGGUAAUCUGUCUACACCUGUCUCCUUACCUGAGAAGGCUUCAAACUUGCCUGGAGUAGCCUCUGAGGUUGGGCCAAGUGGUAAUCUAUCUACACCUGUUUCCAAAGACAAGCUGCGCGAGCAUGUGUUUACAUCUGAUAUCAAGACCAACUCAGGUGUUGGUGUCUCUACACCUAUCCCCAAGUUGGAACCGGAAAGGCAUCGGUCUGCACUUUUUCUCUUGGCUAAGGCAGACGUAGGCCCAGCUACCCUUGUCCCCAGAGCCCAGACAAAUGUGAAUAUGUCUACACCUGCUCCCCAGGUUCAGUCAGAUGUGAAGUUGUCUACACCUGACCUCAAGGCUGAGCCAGACAGGAAUCUCUCUACUUCUGCCCCCAGAGCCAGGGCUGAUGUGGAUGUGUCUACACCUGACCUCAAGGCUGAGCCAGAUAGGAAUCUCUCUACUUCUGCCCCCAAAACCAGGGCUGAUGUGGACGUGUCUACACCUCCCCAAAUUACUAAGAGUUUCAAUUUCCCAGUAUCUCCACAGGGGCUCCAUGGGGAGCCCGAGGAAGGCAGCAGGACUCCCUUGUCUCCAGGACCCCUGGGGGAGCCUUCACAGGUCACUGAUGAUGCCACACAGUCCCCUGGGGUUGUCACCCCAGCCCGAGCCCCAAGGAGGAAGAAAGUCCGUUUUUCAGGGGUCUCCACCUCCCCUCAAGAGAACUCAGACUUGGCGUCCCCAUCUUCAGCCUUGCCAAACAGGGCUGUCUGUGAGCCUCCUAGGACUUUGGGAGGAGGCCGAGGCAGCCCUAGAGCCUGGGAUGCUGUAGCUGUGGGGGUUCAUCCUCAGCCACGGAUUCUGAAACCCCCGCCUUCCCCCUCAGCCUUGGCCAGGGAGUCUGCAGGACCCAGGGAGGACUUUGCCCUCACUCUCCCUGAGGCCUAUGACUACUUUUUCUGUGACACCAUAGUCGAGGAAGAAGAAGAGGAGGAAGAGGACAUCCCAUCCGAUGUGCAGUGGCCUGAGGUGUGUGAAUAUUUUUUCUGGGACAGUCGCCUUCCCAGGCAGAGGCCCUCCCCAGGACCUCCUCUCCAGGCGCCUACCUGUGUCGAUCCAGUCCCCAUCUCUAUCCCAGAGGCCUACGAACACUUUUUUGGGGAGGAGGGGCCGACUGGUGUCCUGUUGCCUCCAAACUGGGUCCCAGUGACCCUUUCCGAUGAGCAGACUCUGGGGCCUGAGAGGGCCUGGCCUAGCGCCCCUGCCCUUGAAGAACAGAACCUACUAAAAGCGGAAGAACUAGGCCUGCCUGUGAGUCUUGAAGAGGAGCAGAGGGCUUCACUCAUCCCCAUCACCUUCAACCAGAAUGACAUGUGUCUGGGGUUCGUGGCCUUCGCCACGUGGGCUGUGAGGACUUCCGACCUUCACGCACCAGAUGCCUGGAAAACAGUGUUGCUGGCCAACAUCGGUGCCAUAUCUGCCAUUCGAUAUUUCCGGAGGCAGGCAAGAAAAGGACGCCCAUGCCCGUAGGCCCACGUCGGGGCAAG